AUGUCACAUCCACCACAACCACCACACCCCUCUAUGCAGUUUCCUGCUGCCAAGUGGAUACAGAACGACAAUGAUGACAGUGAUGGCGAUCAAGUUGGCCUGCUUAUUAACCCUAUCCAUUAUGUCUGCUAUUACCUUAACCCUUUAUAUUUCGAUCAAACACUGAAGAGAUGGGCAGCAUCAGAUUCGCAAUUUGGAGGAAACAAGUUACGUGCACCAAAGACACUUGCUGAAGAAACAGAGUUUUUAAAUGGUGGAAAGAAGCGAACAAUUGUCAAGAGAAAGAGAAAGAGAGUAGAAGAUGGCAUUUCAGACGAAGAAGAGGAUCCAUACACAUUGAUUAAUAUCGAGGACAUUCUAAGUCCUAUUGAGCUACCAACAGACAUUGUUCGCAGACCAGCCUUAAGAAGAAUCUUACUAUCUACUCAAAUCGAUGCGCUCGCAAAGACAUCCAUGGAAUUUAUUGAGGGCGAGAAGAAUUUCAACAAGAUUUUGUGUCGUCUUUCAGCCAUCAUGCACCAAGAUGACCCUCGCUAUCUAGAUUUAACAUUUGAUCGUACCACUGAGCAGCGCCAAAAGUACAAAGAAGACGUCGAGGCUGCUAAUGCCGCUGCAUCGACCUUGACUGCUGCUGCCACAGGAGUAACAAGCAAUGUUGUUGAUGCUUUGGAUCCCAAGGAACUAGAUCAGGAAAUCGAAGCCAAGAUAAAGGAACGUACACCAGCAACAUCAACAACAAAAGACAAUAUUGACGGCAAUGAAGAUCAUGCCAUGCAUCAAGACCAUGUGGAGGAGAAACAGGAAGACGAGGAAGAAAACAACGAUGCACAGCCGCCACAGCAAGAUCAAGACCAUGACAUGGAUGCUGAUGUCGAGGCCAGAGAGGUUGUGAAACGAGUCAAGGAGUUGCUAUUGGAAAAUAUCAAUUACAGUAACGAAUACAUCUCUCGUCUCCAAGGAGCUCGCAAUAAAUUAUGUAAAGCAAGCAUGCAAAAAGACACUCUGUGGAAGGAAUUGAAAGCCAAUGCAAAAGAGGAAGACGUUAGAAACAAAGCAACACCAGCUUAUCAUCACUGA